AUGGAGAAUAUCGCUUCGCAAAGGAAGUCCCGAAGUCUCGCGGUCCAAAUAAAUACCGGCAUAGCAUCGAGGCUUUACUCAGUACGAAUUCUUCAUAGGCUGAAGAUCUCAGAAGCGUUAUAUUCCGCAAUUAACUGCGAUAAUGCGGUUCUUAUGCAUUUUGCUCGGCAUUGUCUCUGCGUCGACGGCUCAGCACUACGAACGACGAAUCCCGCUACUCGUGGACAGCUACCC